AUGGAUAAAGGAACUUUUCGUGGUUGCCUACUAUGCUACCUCCAUGGUGAUGGCUCAAACGUACAGGAUGUGCAAUGUAUGGGGGUGAGCCACUCUCUCAAACGGCUCAGUCAUUUAUGCGUGAGAUGUUAUAUGGUGCAAACCGUAACCUUCCCAAGGCAAGAACGUGUUGCUCAAGUCCCUAAUGAUUAUUGGAGCCACGCUUGGGAAUUAUUGCGACAUCGGUUCCGGGCCUGUUUCCUGGUGUCUACACACAUGAUAAACACGGGUUUUGAAAAGAAUAACACGCGACGGACGAAUCCCCUCCUAUCUGAUCCAGAUAUGAUUUAUUUUCAUGUGAUGAUGAAUACCACCACAAACAGCAAAGUUAUUAGAACUGUUCAAGAAAACGUACCGGUGGUGAGCUAUGAAGAUGUUAAGCCUUAUAUCGAUCGUGUUGCAAAUGGAGAACCCUCUGAUAUCAUUUCAGGCGAACCCAUUACUGCAUUUUUCCGAAGCUCUGGAACUUCAAGUGGGAAACAAAAGAUAUUUCCUGCGAGCAAGAUCUUCUUUGAGAAUAUUCAAAUCAUCUAUACCCUAGGCUCUCUCGUUAUGUCCAAGUAUUUCGACGGUUUUAAGCAAGGAAAGGUGAUUAUGUUUACGUUCAUUCGCCCGAUGUCCACAACUCCUUGUGGUUUGCCUCUUGCUCCUGCGCUAACAAGCUUCACAAAGAGUGAAUAUUAUAGGAGCCUGGCAACAAAUAGUACAAGCCCCCUCCAGAUCAUACUGUGUCCGGACACCAAACAGAGUAUGUACUGUCAACUUCUCUGUGGCCUUGUCCAGAGAGAAGAGGUUGUAAGGGUUGGUGCUACGUUCGGUUCUGUCUUGGUACAAGUUAUCUAUUUUCUUGAAAAUUACUGGAAAGAGUUGGCUAGUAACAUCAGAUCUGGUCAUGUCAGCGAGUGGAUCACUGACCUUAGUUGUAGAGACUCUGUCUCUACCAUCCUUGUUGAGCCAAAUCCAGAAUUGGCAGCUCUAAUCGAAAAUGAGUGCGGACAAAAAUCUUGGCAAGGUAUAGUUUCACGACUUUGGCCUAAAGCCAAAUGCAUUGAUGCUAUUGUUACAGGAACUAUGGCUCAAUACAUCCCGGUAUUGGAGUUCUACUGUAAUAGUGAACUGCCUCUAGUCUCUAAACUUUAUGCAUCUUCUGAAGCACCAUUCGGGUUAAACUUGGAACCUCUAAGCAAACCACAACAUGUGUCCUACACAUUUCUACCAAGCAUGUCAUACUUCGAGUUCAUAGAUGUCGAUGGAGGAACCGAGGGGGAGAUUGUUGAUCUUGUGAAUGUGAAGUUGGGUCACUACUAUGAGCCCUUGGUCACAAACUUUUCAGGGUUACACAGAUGUAGAGUGGGGGAUGUUUUACAGGUCACUGGUUUUUACAAUAUGGCACCUCAGUUCAGAUUCGUACGUAGAAAAACUACGGUUUUAAGCGUCUAUGUAGAGUCAACGACUGAAGAAGAUCUUUUAAAGGCGUUGGCAUCUGCGACUGUCAUUCUUGAAUCUUCGGAUUUAAUGUCAACUGGUUUCACAUGCUAUGCUGAUAUAUCCACUGUACCUGGUCACUACGUCUUUUACUUGGAACUCAAAUCAAAAGUCAACUAUAAUGGCACUGAUGUUCUACCUCUUGAUAACAAGGUAUUGGUGGAAUGUUGUUGCGUUAUGGAGGAAUCAAUGAAUGGUGCUUAUAGGCUCUUGAGAAGCAAAGAUGAACAUAUUGGAGCUCUAGAAAUCAGAGUGGUGCAACAAGGAACGUUUGAUUCUCUCAUGGCGUUUUUUGUUUCUCGAGGUUCUUCUGUAGCUCAGUACAAGACACCUAUGUGUAUAAACUCUGCUGAGUCUUUAAAGGUUCUUGAAGACAAGGUUCUUGCACGGUUCUUCAGCGACAAACCCCCUCCUAUCUGA